AAUCGGGCUCAGAACGUUGUUGGUUUUUGAAAAUGUAUAUAGCAGUGGGGUUAGUGUUGUUAUGUAUCGUGGUGCUCGCUGUGUGGACGACUUGGUUCAAGCAGAAACCUGAUGCGCCUCCUUUGAUGCCUGGCUCGCUCCCGAUUAUAGGACAUUCCCAUCUUAUAAUCGGAGACCGUAAACAUCUCUGGAGCUUCGUAAAGCAUAUGAACGAAUCAUCACUUGAGCAUAAUGGAGUAAUUGAAGUGUGGUUUGGUCCAAACAGAUAUUACACUGUGACGGAUCCAGACGACAGUCUUGCUCUAGUCAACGCAUGCUAUAGUAAGCCUUACAUCUAUGGUUUUGCUAAGGAUUUCUUAAAAAAUGGACUGAUUACUGCGGAUGUUUCUGUAUGGAAAAAUCAUCGUAAAUUAUUAAAUCCUGCAUUCAACCAGCAAGUUCUGAACACAUUCGUUGAUGAAAUGAAUAUACAAUCUCGGAAUCUCGUCUCGAAUUUUAAGAAUGAAAUUGGAAAGAAACCUUUCGAUGUUCGUCAUUAUUUAAUUACCUUUACGCUGUCAACUAUUAGCCGUACCUCACUGGGUUUAACAACUCAAGAACAGAAGCAAAUAGACAGAGACUAUGCCGUGGCUAUCGAAAAUUUAUUGGCUCUCUACUGUGACAGAUUCCAAAAAGUAUGGCUACAUAUGGAUUGUAUAUUUAACUGGAGCGCAUUAAAACGCAAACAAGACAAACUGAUAUCAACCCUGAAGAAUAUUAUGAAUCCUAUUAUACUGAAAAGAAAAUCAGAUAUAAAGACUAUAGUAGAACCUACGCAUUAUGACGAUACACCCGGUAAAUUCAAACCAGUUCUGGAUCAGAUGCUUCACAUGUCUCAAGAACAAGAAGUGUUCACCGUCAGCGAUAUCAGAGAACACUUAGACACCUUAGUAGCUGCAUCAUAUGAUACAACGUCAUCAGCCCUGACAUUCAUUCUAUUGGUGAUUGCAACUUACCCAGAAGUACAGAACCGAAUUUACAAUGAGAUACAAGAAGUAUUACAGAACAAAGAUGAUGAUUUCACAAAACACGAUCUUCAAAAACUCGUGUACUUAGAGGCAGUUAUGAAGGAAACAAUGAGACUGUACUGCGCUGUUCCAAUUAUAGCCAGACAAAUUGACGUCGAUGUUAAACUUAAAAACUGUACUCUACGUUCCAACAGCACUGGUAUCAUUGGUGUGCAUUCUCUUCAUCGUCACCCUCUCUGGGGUCCUGAUGCCAAUGAAUUCAAACCGGAACGCUGGUUGACUCCCGGUGCCUUGCCUAGUAACCCUGUUCUUUAUGCUUCCUUCGGUAUUGGCAAGCGGAACUGCAUAGGAAAAUUGUUCGGCAUGCUGAUGAUGAAGACAGCCCUAGCACACAUUGUUCGACAAUAUCAAAUUUGUGGCAACAUCCAUAAUAUAGAAUGCGAAUUUGAUGUAGUUUUGAAACCAGUAACAAAUCAUCAUAUCGAAUUAAAAUUAAGGUCGUAAUGUUGUACCAAAAAGGCUGUAUUUAAGUUUUAGAUUAUAGUAAAUUAAUUAAAAUGUGGUGGUGAAAUUUGAUGGUAUUAUGAUAAUACAUACGUACACCUAUCUAUUUUAAGGUAAGCGUCUACAUGUCCGCAUCGCACGCAUCGUACACAUUCCGUAUGACGUCAUCAGCAAUACCUACAUUCGAUGCGUACUGAUGACGUCAUACGGAAUGCGUGCGGUGCGUGCGAUCCGUACGAUGCGAGCUGUGGACGCGUUAAUCACACUUCUGUGAUAAUGUUCCGAAAAUAAAUUGUUCUAUUUUC